UUGUAGUAGUUUCUGUGCAUUAAUCUAUGGUUUGUGUGUGUUUUAGUAUUUAGUUAUUUUUCUAUUUUCUUUUUGGGGAUUGGGAUCGGCAUGAAUUGUGUGUUUGUUGGAUCUCUAACCAAUUAGUCGUAAAAUUUCUAUUAAAAAUCUCUUUAUCUUUUCUACCUAUGGUACGUUUAUUCGACUUACUGCUUACCGAAUACCGGCUAAGCAAACCAUACAUCAUACGGUAGCUUCGAGGUUGCAUCAUAUUUUUGCGGGCAUAAGAACAAUUAUUUUUUACACUUUCGCCAAAACAUCAGAAAAUAUCUGAAUUGUCUGUGGGGUGCAUGUGAAGUUUCCUGACCGUUGGAGUUGUAGUUCACGUCAGUCUUGACGUUGCGUUUGACAUUUACUGAAAAAUUUCCUGUCAAAACUUGUUGGAAUUCGCAAAACUGGGGGCGGGAAAAGAAAAUAAUAAAAUGUUUAAACCGCCUAUUUUGGGGAACUACGAGGAUGAAAAUUCCGAUUCAAGGUCGAACCAAGUGAAGACCAUAUCUAAAGUCUACUCAGAUGUUCUUUCCCAUAAACCGAAAAGUUACUACGAGUAUGACAAUUUUACUCCGGCCUAUAAUGACAUAGAGGAAUAUAAUCUUAUUAAGAAGAUUGGUAGCGGAAAGUAUAGCAUAGUAUUUGAAGGAGUACAUGAACCAAAAGCAGAAAGAGUUGUGAUAAAAAUCCUAAAGCCUGUCCGUAAAAAGAAAAUCAAAAGAGAAAUAAAAAUUUUAGAAUGUUUACGAGGUGGUACCAACAUAAUAAAGCUCCUUUCAGUGGUAGAUAUACCUGGGAUGAACUUAACCGCUUUAGUAUUCGAACAGCUAGUGAUCAGCGAAGACUUUAAAAACAUUUAUUUAAUGUUAUCUGAAGAAGAUACGCGAUAUUAUCUGUACGAAAUAUUAAGAGCCUUGGACUAUUGUCACUCGAACGGGAUAAUGCACAGGGACUUAAAACCUCAUAACUUAAUAGUCGAUCUGGAAAACAGAAGGAUUCGCUUAAUUGAUUGGGGUUUGGCAGAGUUCUAUCAUCCGCGUCAAGAGUACAACGUUAGAGUUGCUUCGCGAUAUUUUAAGGGACCUGAACUAUUGGUGGAUUAUUGUUACUACGACUACUCCUUAGAUAUUUGGAGUUUUGGAUGUAUUUUAGCAUCGAUGCUGUUUAGGAAGGAUCCAUUUUUUCAUGGAAACGAUAACCAUGAUCAACUAGUUAGGAUUGUUAAAGUAUUAGGUACAUCAGAGCUAAUGUGCUAUAUUAAAAAAUACAACAUACAACUAGACAACAGUUUCAUGCAAAUGCUCGGCCAUCAUACAAGGAAAUCGUGGCAAAGAUUCGUCAAUACGGAAAACGAGUACCUGGUCGAUAGUAAUGCUUUUGAUUUGUUAGAAAGUUGCCUUAAAAUCGAUCAUAUGGAAAGGAUCUCAGCCAAGGACGCCAUGAGACACAGGUAUUUCGCCAAAGUUAGAAGAAGAAACAGUUUUGAAAUGUCUAGCCAAAAUAUGACGACUGCAGAUACGUCUGAGGGUCUUUAGAAGAAACGGGAAAUUUUGUGCGGUCGUGUAUUAUGUUUUUUAUAUUAAUAUGGAUUUCCGAAUAUCCUUUAUUAUUGACUGUGUUUGUUUCAGAUUAGUUUGCCUAAUAAAAUAUUUAAAAAAAAAUCUUUAUUAACAAAGUGAA